GCCGCGCCGCCUGCAGCAGCAGCAGCAGCAGCUGCUCCUCCGUGGCGGCCGCACCCCGCGGGUCCCUCCCUGACUGCGGGAGAGACCGAGGUAGAGGGAGGACACAGCGCCGUGCCGCCCGCACCGGAGACCUUCGCCUUGCUCUGCAGGCUCCUCACUCUCUGGGAGGAACAUGGCAGAUAACCUCAGUGACACCUUGAAGAAGCUGAAGAUAACAGCUGUUGAUAGGACUGAGGAUACUUUAGAAGGAUGCUUAGAUUGUCUGCUUCAAGCCUUGGCUCAAAAUAAUGCGGAAACAAGCGAAAAAAUCCAAGAAAGUGGAAUACUUCAGCUCUUUGCAAGUCUGUUGAGUCCACAGUCUUCCUGCACAGCCAAAGUAGCUAACAUCAUAGCAGAAAUAGCCAAAAAUGAAUUUAUGCGAAUUCCAUGUGUUGAUGCUGGAUUGAUUUCACCACUGGUGCAGCUGCUAAAUAGCAAAGACCAGGAAGUGCUGCUUCAAACAGGCAGAGCUCUAGGAAACAUAUGUUAUGAUAGCCAUGAGGGCAGAAGUGCAGUUGACCAAGCAGGUGGUGCACAGAUUGUAAUUGACCAUUUAAGGUCACUGUGCAGUAUAACAGAUCCCGCCAAUGAGAAGCUCUUGACUGUCUUUUGUGGCAUGCUGAUGAACUAUAGCAAUGAGAAUGAUUCCCUUCAAGCUCAGCUUAUCAAUAUGGGUGUUAUUCCUACCUUAGUGAAAUUACUGGGCAUCCACUGCCAAAAUAUGGCCCUUACAGAAAUGUGUCUUGUUGCCUUUGGCAAUUUGGCAGAACUUGAGUCAAGUAAAGAACAGUUUGCCAGUACAAACAUUGCUGAAGAGCUGGUAAAACUCUUUAAGAAACAAAUAGAACAUGAUAAGAGGGAAAUGAUUUUUGAAGUUCUUGCACCGUUGGCAGAAAAUGAUGCAAUUAAACUACAGUUGGUUGAAGCAGGCCUGGUAGAAUGUCUACUUGAGAUUGUUCAGCAGAAGGUGGAUAGUGACAAAGAGGAUGAUAUUGCUGAGCUCAAAACUGCUUCAGAUCUAAUGGUUUUACUACUUCUUGGAGAUGAAUCCAUGCAGAAAUUAUUUGAAGGAGGAAAAGGAAAUGUGUUUCAAAGGGUGCUUUCUUGGAUUCCAUCAAAUAACCACCAGCUACAACUAGCUGGAGCAUUAGCAAUUGCAAAUUUUGCCAGAAAUGAUGGAAAUUGUAUCCAUAUGGUAGAUAAUGGAAUUGUAGAAAAACUUAUGGAUCUACUGGACAGACAUGUAGAAGAUGGAAAUGUAACUGUACAGCAUGCAGCACUAAGUGCCCUCAGAACCUGGCUAUUCCAAAGGCAACAUUUUCAUAGUUCCUUUACAAAUUAUUUAAUCGUAAAUAAAGCAAAGAUGUUAUCAGCAGGGGUCACAGAGGCAGUUUUGAAAUUCCUUAAAUCUGAAAUGCCUCCAGUUCAGUUUAAACUUCUGGGAACUUUAAGAAUGUUAAUAGAUGCCCAAGCAGAAGCUGCUGAACAACUAGGAAAGAAUGUUAAAUUAGUAGAACGUUUGGUGGAAUGGUGUGAAGCCAAAGAUCAUGCUGGUGUGAUGGGGGAGUCAAACAGACUGCUCUCGGCCCUCAUACGACACAGUAAAUCAAAAGAUGUAAUUAAAACCAUUGUACAGAGUGGUGGCAUCAAGCAUCUAGUUACCAUGGCAACUAGUGAACAUGUAAUAAUGCAGAAUGAAGCCCUUGUUGCUUUGGCACUAAUAGCAGCUUUAGAAUUGGGCACUGCUGAGAAAGAUUUAGAAAGUGCUAAGCUUGUUCAGAUUUUAUACAAACUGCUGGCAGAUGAGAGAAGUGCCCCUGAAAUCAAAUAUAAUUCCAUGGUCUUGAUCUGUGCUCUCAUGGGAUCUGAAGCUCUACACAAGGAAGUACAGGAUUUGGCUUUUCUAGAUGUUGUAUCAAAACUUCGCAGUCAUGAGAACAAAAGUGUCGCUCAACAGGCCUCUCUCACAGAGCAGAGACUUACUGUGGAAAGCUGAGAACUGCCCCUUCCUGAUAAACAACAUCCUCCCAUCUCUGAUUUCCCCUUUGUCCUCCAUGCAGCUGCCUCUUCUGCUUCAUUCUCUACCAUAUCACUUGUGCAUGCAUGUAAUGUUCUGAUACCAAUUGAAGAACUGCUGUAGGUAUCUGCCGAAUAAGAUUGCUAAACCCAUAGUGUGAACAUGAAUUUAUCAAAAACAAGUCUCCACUCAUAACUGUUCUCUUGUAUUCCUGUUGCUUGAGCUACAUUAAGUAGAAUGUGCAUGUUGUAGUCCUAUGAUGAUGUAAACUUGGUACUACAUAAUGACUUGCUCCUCAUACUCAGUAAACUGCAUAAUAAUGUUCUGGUAAAUUAGAAACAAAGAGGAAUGCAGCAGGAUCUGUUUAGCUUAUUAAAGAUGGAAUUGAAUAGGAAAAAUAGCCCCAUUUUUGGUGCUUGGGAAGCAUAGUGACCAAAAAACUGUAUGGCUGCUCAUUCAUUAGUCUUACCUACUAAUGUCAAACCCGUGGUACCUAGAGUUAAAUAAAAUUCCAAUGCUCUCACUCAUAACCCUAUGGCUUCUCCUUUAUCUUUAUUGCAUAGAAUAUUGAAACUGCCACAAACUUGGCAAGACUUUCUGAAGUUUUUAAUUCCAUAUUUAAUUGACUGCCGUCAGUAGCCCAAUAAUGAAAACAUUUGUAGUUUUCAGUGUGAAACUAAGGGGUUGAAGAAACCCUAUUACACUAGUGUUUCUUAUUUAUGUUUUAGAUUCUGAAAUAUGUGCAUUUUUACCUCAGAACUUCUUCUAUCAAUUAAUCAGCAUUGUCCAACUCGUGUCUUUAAAAGUCACUUGGCACCAGUUUUCAACUGAGGAAAUUGAGUAUAGUUCAUUGGAGAAUGGAGAAUGGUUUUGUUUUUUGUUUUUGUUUUGUGUUUUUUUUGCCAUUUUUUUCAUUAUUCAGAUUGAAAGGGAAAUGUUUCAUCUUUCAUAGUCUAAAAAGGACUGUGAAAAGAUUAAAAAGAUCUAUUAGCAUUAGCAGGACAGAGGAGGAAAGAUUAAGAGAUGUUUGUCUAGACUAAAGCGAGGAAGGCAGGUUAUAAAAGCCAUAGUAGCCAGUCCAGUUCAUUCUGAAGAUGGCCACUUACCAGUAACUGAUAGAGAUUUCUGCCUCUCCUUUCCCAUGGAGAACUACCAUAGAUCUUAAAGGCCAUUAAAAAGGUGACAGGGCCAAGGCUCAAGAGAUGGAGGAAACCCCUUUGGUGAAAUAUAGUUUAUUUUUCCCUGCUACUACCACCACCCAAUGAGUUUUUACAGUUCUGAAACACAAUCUUUGUAAAUUAAUCAAAACAUCCCAGUGACACACCUGCCUUCUCCCCCUGCCCAAGUUUGACAACUGGCUUAAAAGGCAAGAUGGGAUCCAGUAUGGAACAACUGCAGGGCAGUAGAAUGGGCUACCAAGGAGUGACAAACUCCUUCUUCUCCAACAUGAGAUGCUGCGCGUCUCUAUGGGGUGCUCUAAGUGGAUUUUUGACUAUGAAACAGCUGUAAUUUGAGAAAGUUAAAACUCCGGUGGAGGUGAACCUUUUGACUGAUCGUUCCCUUUGAUGUCCAAGAAAGGGAAUUCUGUGGGUACAUAUGCUACAGUUACUGUAAGAAUGAUCUUGUUUAUUGUCUUCUCCUAGGCUGGAUAGUGGGCUAUAUUUAUUAUAGGUUUUGAAAGACAUCUGUAAUGUUACAUAAUAGACUGUCCAUAUUAAUAACGAACUAAAUAAAUAGUAUAUCAAACUA